AAGAUAGUGAUUAUUGGCGUGCACAGCUUCUUACCCACCAAAUUUGUCAAGUCUAUGAUUGGACAAACCACAGGGAACUCCAUCAGAGUGGUGGAUGCCGCUACAAAAGCCGUGGAAGCUUGGGUACGAAGCGACACUGAACCAGGAUUUGAAAGCAUGUACCACAUAGAAACAAUUGCAUUGGAAGGUCAAGGGACCGUGUCUGAGAGAGUAGAACGUUCUGCAGCUUUACUUAACAAUUGGGCAGACCUUAUUCAUGAGUGUGAUUUCCUAUACGUGGUGGGCCACUCACAUGGUGCCAUUGUAGCCAUUGAACUAUUAGCAUAUCUCCUUCGUUCUGAGUCUCCAAUCUCGAUAUCUGGCAGCAAAGUGGGCCUUUUAAGCAUGGCUGGCCCUAUAAACGGACCCAUUUCCCAAUUGGAAACUAAAAUCGUCGUACGAGCAUAUACCCAACGGGAGAACGAAGUUUUAAGCGAGCUCGUCCAACUUCUGAAACCAGAAUCUGCUGAACUGGAAAGACUUCAGCAGGCCCUCAAUACCCUCGUCACUCAUAAUGUCAAGGUGACACUAGCAGCAUCUACCACAGACCAGCUUGUUCCUAUUGACUCGGCGUUGGCUACUACUUGGUAUCAUCCCAAUAUCUACAGGUGUGUGUACAUAGAUGAUGGGCCAAUUUCCAUACCUCCAUUUGUGGCAUCACUAUGGAAUCUUGUCCUUGUUGCCCGUAAUAUCGGGCAUCUUGAACAUGGCAUAGCAAAAGAUCUCUCAGAACGGUGUGUUGGACGUCCUCCAGGAGGAGGGCAUAAUCGGAUUGUUUCUCAAGCAGGAGUACAUGAAACGGCUCUCCGGUUUGCAUUAGAAACCACGAACUUGAGUCGCCAACGAGACCUUAUGGUCAUUCCAUCAGCCUACGAUGGGCAGACGUCUCUCUACAAGCUUCCAUGGACAGUACGAGAACUAGUUCAUGAUGUCCUCCAGACAAAGCAUAUCACGGCGUUUAAGUUGGUGGAGGAACUUGUUUCGAGUUUCCAGACUUGGGAAGAUGUUGGGAAGCAAUGGAAAGACUUCAAGUUCGCCUUGGAAGCCAUUGACAAUGCUGACGGUGAGGAACUCUUGACAUAG